AUGCGCUCGACAUCCAGAGAGACAAUCGCCAAGUUAGACGCCAUCACGCCGUCCAGCUUCGCUACGGACGCGGAGCGCUACGAGGCGAAAGAGGCGGCCCGUCGCCUCCUCGCGCGCCUCGAGACGCCCUUCGAGCGCGGAUGGGCCCUCGCCUUCGAGACGCCCGUGCUGGUGGCCGGGCUGCAGAUGGGGCUCGACCUGGGGAUGUGGGAGGCGUGGGCGGGGGAGCACGAGAGGUCCGGAGGGGCGCCGCAGGGGUUGAGGACGGUUUUGGGGUGGUGUAAGACGGGUGUUGAGGAGAAUCUCUUGCGUCGGUUCCUGAGACACAUGGCUGCGUUGUACGUCCUCGAGGAGACGGGCGUCGAUACGUGGAGACUGACGCCGUAUACCCUCGCCAUGGGACAGAGUAAGACGCACGCUGACCAGAUUAUACAAUGUGGUACCGACCACAUCAUCCCGGCAGGAGUCAACCUCCCUCGCUUCCUCGCCAGAUACGACUACUCAGAGCCUCUUGACAAGUCCAAGCUGGACAACUACGCGGACAUGACAGGCGGGGCAGACUUCUUCGCGACGUGUGCCACGGAUCCGGAGCGCCUAGGGAGCAGUUUCAUCGGGCUCAUGACGGCGCUGCGGAACCAUAAGAUGCCCUGGACCGAUGUCUACGACACGACGGAGCUGAUCUCCGGAGCCGAUGUCAGCGGCGGGGCGCCCGUGUUUGUGGAUGUCGGUGGCAUGCACGGGCUGGACACGGCGAGGCUGCUGGCUCGACACCCGGAGCUGCCGGACGGGGUGUUAUUCGUGCAGGAUACGCCGGAGGUAGUUGCGCAGAACCCUGAAGAGCUGGACACCAGGGCGAAGAAGAUUGCGUAUGACUUCUUCACGCCGCAGCCUCUAGUCGGAAGUCGAGCGUACUUCUUCCACGCGGUGCCGCACGACUGGCCUGAUGCGGACUGUGUGAGGAUCCUCUACACCCGACCAUCCCCCUUCGAUCCUCUUCCCGACCUCGACCUCGACCUCGAUAUCGACGACGCCUUGCGCUCUACGUCGACCCCCGAGCUUUCAAUGCCCUGGCAGCCCCUUCCCCGAAUCGCCUUCGCCGUCGCGACCUACCCCUUCGCCGCCUCAGGCCCGGCCGACCUCCCCCUCGAGAUCGGUGAUGAGCUCUACAUAAUCGAGGAAACUCCCGACGGCAACUGGCUGCGCGGCUACCUGGUGGCACCUCCCAGUCUGCUGGCCGGACUGACCUCCGUCAAGGGGCAGACUCUCGAGGCUCGUGUUUUCAGCGGCAUCUUCCCUAGGAGCUGCGUCGAGGUGCGCGAGGUCCUCGGCGAGUCAGAUGAGACAGAGGACGGUGAAGAUGCCGCUAGCGACGACGCGGCGGCGAACGGCGAUGUACACAUCGGAAGUGACUCGGGCAAGAGCGGCCUAACGCCAACAGCAGCCGAGAAGAAGAAGUCGGCAGACGGCCACAAGUCCAUCGAGAGCGCACGAGGAUCCAAGCACGAGAUCAAGCGCAAACCUCUUAAGGAACUCCCCAAUGGCACCCAAGGACGCCUUUCCGUACCUGUCAAGCGGGACCCCGACGCCCCUCGACCUGCUGCGCCUGUGCCUAUGCUGAAAAUCGGCGACGAGACGCCUACAUCAGCCGCCGAACCUCUCAUUGACGAAAUCGCCAGCUGCUUGCGCGAGUGGCACUCCACCAACCUCCAUGGUCUGCUGCUGUCGCGGCAAUAUGGCCGCCUCGACAAGUUGUCGCAACUAAUCACCACUCUCAACCUCAGCAGGCAACAAUUCCUUCAUAAUGUCCUCACAACAUUCGAAUACGACAAGCUGCGAGAAAAGACGGUCUGGGACCUGGUACGCGUGAACAAGCUGUGCGGAGGAGAGGUCAUUGUUCGCGACCCGACGGAACGAGGGCGCGUUCUGACAGGCGACGAUUCGGUGGUGGAAGUCACAAAGUUGCAGUCCGUCAUGAGUGUACUCGACGAGCCCCCGCAGCCAGCAAAUGAGCCGACAGCCCUCCACCAUCUUCUGGUCGACGUUCGAGGCUUUGCUGGCGCUUCCGCCGAAGAGACCUCUCUCGUUGUGUAUCUGGUAGCCAAGCCGGUUGGCGGCCAGGCGGCAGCCCUCUCCGAAUGCUUCAUCAUCGACAUCCCGCCCGGCGGGACAAUAGGCAGUCUGGCCAAGUCUGGCCAAACAAGGACGAUAUUUUCCGACCUUUCCUCGCAAGACAUUGGCGACGUCGCAUCUGCGGAAACAGAGCUGUACCUAGUUGUCAAGGUACGGUCCAGUCAGCAAGUCGUGGCCAGCGGAAAGCCCGAAUCACGGUCCGGCGCCAAGUCCCAAGGCAACGGUGCGCAUAAAGACCCCGCCAAGCCCCCCUCUGCUGGCAACAACAAGCCUUCUAGAAGAAGUCUCAUGUGGGGAUCGAAGACGGCUCGGGCGUUCUCAAGAGGAGGGGCGACAUCGCGACUUGAUUCCGUGACAGAGCAGCAGGAGGGCCGUCCCGGAACGCAAGACGACGGACAAGAGAGCGCGGCCCCCCCUAGCACGGCUGGGUCAAGACCUCGAGGCUCUAUGGAUGCUGGCACAGGUUUUCACAUGGCUGAGCGCACGGUCGGGAUCGGCGUGUUGAAGCUGAACGCCAUCAUGAAGCAGGACGAGGAAGUUGAGCAAGUCGUCAGUGUCUGGUCGCCGUCGCUCACGCUCCCCACAGAGAAGCAGGGCCUGCAUGAGGACUGGGACAUGUUGAUUCGGGAUCUCAUGGACAGCCCGAGUGGCCACUACGAAAAGUCGCGCCGCGCCGAGCGAGUCCAAGUUCAUCUCAAGUCAUUCAACCACCCCGACGUGGAAACAUUGGUCAAGGUGACACCGACGUUGCUAUCCGGCAUUCGCAAAACCAACAAGAUGGGAUUUUCUGGUGCGCCUACUAAACCAAGAUCCGACAUAUACUUCACACUGGACACAGCGGUUUUGUCGAAGCAGAACCUCCUCUCUAGAUUUGCAGGGAACCCGACUACACUCUCCAGCAGCGUGCAUGGCAACAAUCUGCAAGUGACACUUGAAGUGCGGAGAACAAGCGGAGAAAAGAUCCCCAACUGCAUCUUCUCUUCGUCUAACACCGAAGGGCUGACCACAUGGAAGUCUACAGCCGUGGACAGAGGGGAACAUUGGAGUCAGAUUGUUCGACUUGCCGUUCCACCGCAGGACGUCUUCACGUCGCACCUCGUCAUGUUCCUAUCCGAGAUCCCCAAUGCCCCCUUCGCGGUUGCCCACAUGCCCUUGUGGAAUCAGGAAGCCUUUGUACGAGACGGUCCCCACGCUUUGCUGCUGUACAAGAUGGACGAAUACACUUCUUCCGCCCAGGCAGGGCCCUCCGGAAAGGGAGGCUACCUCUCACUCCAGUGGAGCGCUAGAGGGAAUGACGAGCAUUCGGCAGAGGUGACCGGGCCUCUGGCGGUUCUCCGUGCAGACACCUAUUUGUGCAGCACUAGAUUCUCCCAGGAUCGCGUGGUCCUGGGACUGAUCAAGUGGAAGGACACCCCCAAGGAGGAAAUCCAGACUUUGCUGAAGCACCUCAUUUUCGUGCCGGAGAUCGAGGUCGUCAAGCUUCUCAGCGAUGUUCUCGACGCUCUUUUUGGUUUCCUUGUCGAGCAUUCUGGUAACGACGAGUUUGAAGACCUUGUCUUCACUGCCUUGGUCAGGGUCCUGGGCAUUGUUCACGACCGGAGAUUCAACUUGGGUCCUCUGGUCGAUCAGUACGCCGAGAACCGCUUCAGCUAUCCCUUCGCCACUGCCUGCCUCGUCCGGUCGCUCACUCGCUUGCUCGAGAAACCCACCGAGCCAGAGUCGUCGAGGAAGCUCCGGUCUACCAUCAAGGUUGUUCGACACAUUCUCAAGUUCAUUACCCAUGCUCGCGGUCAGCAGAAGGCCAAGGAGGCCGGACUGGGAAUCACGACUUCGGGCUCUACACCUGGCUUCACCCGGGAGCUAAGAAACAUCUUCAAGGCCCUCGACGCCAUGAUGCGUAAUACUGCCCCGGUCCUCGUUGGCAGUCAGACUCUUGCAGUGCAGCACUUCCACACCUGGCUGCCCGAACUGACCGGCCUGUUGACGACCGAAGAGAUUCUCCACAUCGCGAUCGACUUCCUCGACUCUUGCGCUGAUGUCAAGGGCAAACUGGUAUUGUACAAGCUUGUUUUGGUUAUCAACUAUUCCAAGCUCGACAUGUUCUCCCACCCGGAUCAGAAAGCGGCUCUUACUGCCAACACCGUCCGCUGGAUCGCGCCGCACUGGGGCCACAACGAAGAAGUCACCGACCUGUGGAAGGACCAAGUUCGACUUUGCUGCUCCGUCCUCGCCAGCCAGAUUGACAACCUGGGCGCCGAGAUUCCCGACUACCUCCCGAAGAUCAUCGAUUCUUAUUUGUCUAUAGUUUCCACCGACAUCAAGCCGCGCAACCGUCUUUCCCUUCUCUUUCCGACGUCAUACCCCUUUCCUUCGAAGCCUGUCGCGGAGGAAUGCACUUUCGAUGAGGCCUUAAUCGAGCUUUCCGCCAUCCUUUCUGCUAUCUCUAAUUCACCAAGCGGCAUGCAACUAGAGUUGACCGAAGGCGACCUGACCGCACUGCUAGAAAAUACCCUUCGUGUGCAUAUGAGCAUAUUGAUGGGCGAGGCUUUCCCGCCCGAAUGGUUGAGCGUACACAUUUAUCACCACAAGUCCACCAUGAGGACACUGCAGUACCUGUCCAGCAUCCUGCUGGAGUCCUUCUUGCCCCAUCCCGACGAGGCGGAAAACUUCAACACCGAGCUCUGGAAGAUGUUCUUCACGACAAUGCUUAAGCUCGUCGGCAGCCCAUCUCUAGCCCUGGAGACCUUCCCCGAGCAGAAGCGUAGGGCAGUCUGGAAGAUUGCUGGUGACGUAAGGGAACACGGGGCUGAGUUGUUGAGGCGAACCUGGGAGGCCAUCGGUUGGGAGACGAGCAGCGACGAGCGGGCACGGUACGGUCUGUCCAAGAUGGGCGGUUAUCAGGUCCAAUACGUCCCCACCUUGGUCGGUCCGAUCGUCGAGCUUUGUCUUAGUGUGCACGAAGGUCUUCGACGGAUGGCCGUGGAGGUGCUUCAGACCAUGAUUGUCAGCGAGUGGACCCUUAGCGAGGAUCUCUCCGUGAUCCAGACAGAGAUGAUCGACUGCCUCGAUCACUACUUCAAGUCUAAGCCCUUGACGGAAAGCAUCCUCCAGAAGCUUUUCGUCAACGAGGUCAUCGAGAGGUUUGCGCCUCUAUCCACCAUUCCUGACGAUUCUCUGUACGCCGGUCUUCGUGACCUCAUGGCUACCGUCGACGAAUUCCUCGACCUCCUCGUGGCUGUUCACAGCGGCGACAUCACAAGCGAAUCCUCUCACCUGAUCAACCGCCUCAGGCUGAUGGAAUUCCUGCGAGACAUGCAGAAGGAGGAGAUCUUUAUCCGCUAUGUCCACCAGCUGGCGAUUCUGCAAGCCGAGGCAAGGAACCACUGCGAAGCCGGUCUGGCCUUGCGCCUUCACGCCGACCUGUACGAAUGGGACCCGACCAAGCAGGUUCCGGCACUGGACGAUCCCGAAUUCCCCGCCCAGACACACUUCGAACGCAAGGAGCGCAUCUACUUCGACAUGAUCAAGCACUUCGAGGACGGCGAGGCCUGGAGCAGCGCCCUCACGGCAUACCAGGAACUGCGAGUACAAUACGAGAGUAACAUUUUCGACUUCGCCAAGUUGGCAAGGACAGAGCGCGCCAUUGCCACCAUCUACGAGACCAUCUCAAAGAGCGACAAGCUGGUGCCGAAAUACUUCAAGGUCAUCUACAAGGGCCUUGGCUUCCCGCCCAGCUUACGCGACAAGGAGUUCGUCUACGAGGGUUCUCCGACGGAACGUGCCUCUGCAUUUACGGACCGCAUGCAAGAGCAGUAUCCCUCUGCUCAGAUCGUCACUGGCGACGUCGACGACGUGGAAGGCCAGUUCCUUGUCAUUUCCGCCAUUACCCCUCAUCGCGACCUCACUCAUCACGUCUUCCAGCGCGCUCGCGUCCCUCAAGUCAUCCGCGACUAUCUCGUGUCCGCCCACCCCCAGAGCUUCUCCGUAUCCUCCAAGCGCAGCACAUCUGGGCCUGUCCAAGAACACUACGCAGAGAAAAUCGUCUACACCACGGCAGAUCCGUUCCCAACAAUCUUGCGCCGAAGCGAAAUCGUCAAUGUUGAGGAGAUCAAACUUAGCGCUCACGAGACUGGUUUGGAACGAAUCGUGAGGAAGACGCAGGAGAUGACGAUGAUCGAGAAGCGUAUCGCCGAUGGUGACGAAGACAACGCACAACUGCUCCUCGAUGCUAUUAGCAUUUCAGUCAACCCAGACUCCGAGAACAGUGUUGCGUGCUACCGCCAACUGCUUCCCAGUCCCCGUGAGAGUGACAGCGAGGACGACGAAGAGGAAGAAGAGGUUGAGCUGGAUCCUCAGGACAACGCCAUCAAGAUGGCCCUCGUUGAUCAUGCCAUCAUGAUCAGGCGGUGCCUGGGAACUUUCGCCCGAAGCUCGAAUGAGAUCCUCUCUCUCAGGCAAGAGGAACUCCAGCAAUACUUCGAAAGCACGUUUGCGCCUGAGAUCGCCCUCUUCGCACCUCCACAACCAUCUCGCGACUCGUCCACAGCCUCUCCGACGUGGAGACGAUCCGAGCCAUCCACCGAGCAGGCCUCUCCUCAACCACAGAGCAUCGCCGGUGUCAUGACCAAUGGUGUAAUCGCUGAAGAAGCCGCGACGGUCGCGCCCAUCGCUGUCCGAGGUCGCGGCACGCGUCUUAGCUUCCUUGGGGGUCGUAAGAAGGAAUCUCCCGUGCAGCAACAGACCAACGGCGAUUAUCAGACAAAUGGCGAAGUGGACGACACGGUCAGCAGCAGGAGCCGCAGCUUCAGCAAGACCCAGGAGAGCAACAAUAAUCGCCGAAGCUUCUUCCGUGCCCCUUCCACCGAACCACGUAUCUUGGGCGGCAACGACGUCACGAGUGAGUGGGUGACGGACUCUGGCGGACGGCAGAGCUCGGAUCUGGGCACGAACCUGACGGAGAAGGAACGCGAGUACAGAGACGAGCGUCCCGCAGAAGCGCCCGGCGUCGUCAAGCGAGGCAGCGUUAGGAAGAGGCUGAGCAUGCUGAAGCUGGGCAAGAAGUCGAACAAGGGCAUGGCUAUGGGCAGUGUGCACGAGGAGUAG